CGAUUGGGCGUCACUGCCGACAGGAAGCGCUUCCGUGUAUGCCCGUCGAGACAAUCCUGAUAGCCCGUCAUGGCUUCCGAAUGGCAGGCUCCGCAUGGGGCAAUGCGUUCAGCUCAUCGGGCACGCCGCACGAUCCUCCUUUGACUUCACACGGACGUGAUCAAGCUAUUGAGCUGGGACAACACUUGAGCGUGUCGGGUCUCAAAGUCGACCGUCUUCUUUGCUCGCCAUAUACGAGGUGCUUGCAAACGGCAGAAUAUAUCAUUGGCGUGACGGGAGGAGAGAUACUCGUCGAGCACGGUCUAUCAGAAUGGUAUCUGCCCAUCCGCGCUGCCUCAAAGGGCGUCCAUCCCCGUCCAGGUACAGCUGCACAUCUGUCACACUCCUUCACGCACAUCAAUCCCGACGCGCACCAGUCACUUUUGUAUCCGUCACGCAAAGGCGAGUCCGAAGAAGCGCUUCACGAGCGUGCAAAGGAGAUACUGCGCCUCAUCGUUCGACAGUACGACGAAGAUAUUUACGCGCCUAGGACGAUACUGAUCGUCGCACAUGCUGCUGUCAACAUCGCACUCGGUCGAGCAUUGAUUGGCGAGAGAGAUGCGAGGAUACAUGUGGGCACAUGCUCACUGAGUGCGUACAGACGCACACUUGAGCCCCAAGAUCGCAGGACGCGAGAGGAUGCCGAGUAUUUUGGCUUGGGCCGGCAAGAUGUCUUGGGCACAUGGACAUGCGAACGCAACGGCGAUUGUAGCUUCCUGACCUCUGGAGAGGAGAGAGACUGGCAGUUCAGCUAUGUCGAGGAGUACGAGGAAGAAGGAGAAUUGGAUCCGUCAUACGUGCCCAGUGAGGACGACAAGGCUCCUUUCAGUCUAUCAGAAGGUGCCAGCGUGCAUGAGGAUGCUUUCUCAGUCGAGCAAGCCCUCAAGCCCAAACUGUGACUCCUCGUCAAGGGGUUGUCUAGCAGUUCGCUGCUGCUGCUGUUGUUGUUGUUGUGACGAUACGUGGCAGUACAGAAAGAUGCAUGACGUCUACAAGACUCUCUCU